CUAUAGCACCGGAGGUCCGUGUCGAGCUCGGUAAUUUGAUGCUCAGCUGAGGAGGGGCAAUUGAUAUAUAAAUACCUAACUAGGUACCUAGCCCGACACAAGUCAUGGCAACAGUACACGGCACCACCACAGAAGCAUUCCAAGCCCUAAAACAGAUUCUCCAAAAGAAUCUGGACAACGGAGAUGAGAUCGGCGCAGCUAUCUAUGUCAGUCUCGACGGCAAACCCGUCGUCGAUUUAUGGGGUGGCUUUGCCGAUGAGAAACGUACCAGACCCUGGACGGAAGAUACCAUCGUCAAUGUCUGGUCAACCACCAAAACCGUCACUUCUCUGGCCGCAUUGAUCCUCGUGGAUCGAGGAUUACUAGACCUUGAUGCCCCCGUGGCCAAAUACUGGCCUGAAUUCGCUGCCAAUGGGAAGGAGAAGAUCCUUGUCCGCCAUGUCCUAUCUCAUACCUCUGGUGUAUCUGGCUGGGAUCAGCCAUUCCAGUAUUCAGAUAUCUACGAUCUGGAAAAUUCAACUGCUCGUCUAGCUGCGCAGGCGCCCUGGUGGGAACCCGGUACAGCAUCGGGCUAUCAUGCCGUCAACUACGGCCAUUUAGUAGGCGAGAUCGUGCGCCGAGUCUCUGGAAAAUCGCUGCGGGAGUUUAUCAAAGAUGAAAUCGCGCGCCCUCUAAAUGCGGAUUUCAGUCUGGGUGCACCAGCGUCUGAAUGGCAUCGCGUUGCGGAGAUCAUCCCUCCUGCACCCAUGGAUCCAGCUGCGUUUGCAAAGUUGGAUCCUCAGAGCGUUGCAGUCAAGACUCUCUCGCAGGGAAUAGACAGCGGCACUCUCCCAAAUACCUCCGAAUUCCGACGCGCAGAAAUCGGUGCUGUCAAUGGUACGACGAAUGCGAAAGCACUCGGCCUUCAAGCUGAUGGUACUGAUUUGGUGGCCUUUGUGCCCGCGCGUUGGGGCAUUGGAUUCGGACUGUCGCAUCCUGCUACUACGCCUUAUAUACCUGAGGGACGGGUGUUUUUCUGGUUUGGGUGGGGUGGUUCGUUUGUCAUUGUUGAUACAGAGAGCAAGUUGACUAUUACUUAUGUUAUGAAUAAAAUGGGUGAGGGGAUUAUAGGGAGUCCGCUGUCGAAGGAGUAUAUUGAAGCUGUCUAUGAGAUCGUGAAGGGGCUGAAGUAG